UUUUUCUUCUAACUAUUUUGACAUUAAUCAAUUAACUUGGACUUUAGUUUUGCAUAAUUCUUUUGCAAAGUCACGUCGAUUACAAUCGAAUUCUAAGCCCGAAAAUGCCCUCAAAAGCAGUCUGCGUAUUAAACGGCGAAAUCGUUAAGGGAACCCUUUUUUUCGAACAGCAGGAUGAAAGUUCUGCGGUGAAAAUCACCGGGGACGUAUGCGGUUUAGGAAAAGGUCUUCACGGCUUCCACAUUCACGAAUUCGGGGAUAACACCAAUGGGUGCAUCUCAGCUGGGGCUCACUUCAACCCCUACGGAAAAGAUCAUGGUUCCCCGGACGCUUCCGAUCGCCAUGUAGGCGAUUUGGGUAACAUCGAAGCCGGCGAUGAUGGAAUGGCCAAAGUAAACAUCACCGACAAAAUGAUUUCAUUGUUUGGGGCUAAUAAUAUUAUUGGACGUACUUUGGUUGUCCAUGCCGAUCCUGACGAUUUAGGAGUUGGGGGCCAUGAGCUAAGCAAAACUACUGGUAAUGCAGGAGCUAGAUUAGCUUGUGGUGUUGUUGGAAUCGCUAAGCUUUAAAUUUUCUCAUAAAGCGGUUAAAAGGAAGAUAUAGGUUAUGUCCUUUUUUUUAUUUUGAAUAUUUUUAACUUGUUGAGUUUGUAAUAACGUGGAUGUGGUUAUAAUAAAGCGGUUUAAAGAUUAAAAAA